UGGCGGCGCUCUCCCCGCCCGCACCCAAGAUGGCGCCGCCGGAGGCUGCGGGCGGGCGGCGGUGAGGCGGCCUGCGGGGGGCCGCUGCCUUCCUCCGCGCUCCGCCGCUGCGCCGCGGGGCCGGCCGGCCGGUGGGCUCGCUCGCUCCGCUGGCUGGCCGGCCGGGCCCGCCCCUCCCCUCCGCCAUGGCGGCCGAGAGCGGCAGGCAGUUCUGGAAGCGGAGCGCCAAGCUGCCGGGCAGCAUUCAACCUGUCUAUGGAGCACAGCAUCCUCCGCUGGAUCCCCGGCUCACCAAAAACUUCAUCAAGGACCGCUCCAAGGCCAACGCGCUACCUAUGAAAAACAAGAAGGCCUCCAGCUUCCACGAGUUUGCCCGCAACACCAGUGAUGCCUGGGACAUCGGUGAUGAUGAAGAUGAGGAAUUCUCUUCCUCCUCUUCUUCUUUGCAAACUCUGAACUCUAAAGUGGCCAAGGCUACGGCAGCCCAGGUUCUGGAGAACCACAGCAAGCUGCGGGCGAAACCGGAGCGGGCUCAGUCCGCUCUCAGCGACAUGCCCACCAACUGCAAGGUCAUCAAGUCCAGCAGUGAGGCCCAGCUCUCCAGGACAUCUGAGGAGGCCUGUGUGCGGACCCCCCUUCAGAAGCAGCAGUCCCUUCCCCUUCGGCCCGUCAUUCCACUCGUCGCCCGUAUCUCUGACCAAAAUGCUUCGGGUGCUCCCCCCAUGACGGUGAGGGAGAAAACCCGCCUGGAGAAGUUUCGGCAGCUCCUUUCCAGCCACAACACGGACCUGGAUGAGCUGAGGAAAUGCAGCUGGCCUGGUGUGCCCAGAGAGGUCCGGCCCGUGACGUGGCGUCUCCUCUCAGGUUAUCUCCCCGCAAACAUGGAGCGGCGAAAGCUGACUUUGCAGCGUAAGCGGGAGGAAUACUUUGGCUUCAUCCAGCAGUAUUACGAUUCCCGGAAUGAGGAACACCAUCAAGACACCUACCGACAGAUCCACAUUGACAUUCCAAGGACCAACCCACUCAUCCCGCUCUUCCAGCAGCCACUGGUCCAGGAGAUCUUUGAAAGAAUCCUGUUUAUCUGGGCCAUCCGACACCCAGCCAGCGGCUAUGUACAGGGAAUCAAUGACCUGGUCACUCCGUUCUUUGUUGUGUUCCUCUCUGAGUAUGUUGAGGAGGACGUGGAGAACUUCGACGUGACGAACCUGUCGCAGGAUGUUUUACGGAGCAUCGAAGCCGAUAGCUUCUGGUGCAUGAGCAAACUGCUGGACGGGAUACAGGAUAACUACACCUUUGCACAGCCGGGGAUCCAGAAGAAAGUCAAAGCCCUGGAGGAGCUAGUCAGCCGGAUCGAUGAGCAGGUACAUAACCACUUUAGGAAGUACGAGGUGGAAUACCUGCAGUUCGCCUUUCGCUGGAUGAACAAUCUGCUUAUGAGGGAGCUGCCGCUUCGCUGCACCAUCCGCCUCUGGGACACCUACCAGUCGGAGCCAGAAGGAUUCUCCCAUUUCCACCUCUACGUCUGCGCCGCCUUCUUGAUCAAGUGGCGGAAGGAGAUCCUAGAUGAGGAAGAUUUCCAAGGCCUUCUGAUGUUGUUACAAAACCUGCCCACGAUACACUGGGGGAACGAAGAAAUCGGACUCCUGCUCGCCGAAGCCUACAGACUCAAGUACAUGUUUGCAGAUGCCCCCAAUCAUUACCGCCGAUAGGUGCCAGGACUCGACUCCCUCCUCUCCCCCCGUGCCCACCCCCUCCUCCUGUCCCGAUCUGAUCACUGUGGCAUUUUUGUCGUCCCAAGUCCUCGGACACUCCGGCCGGGAGCUGCUCCUCGCUGUACAAAGCUCACAUCGACUCUUGUCUUAACUCUUUUUAACGUGUGCCUGUCUGCCACUCCAUCCGCCUGGAGGUGCCACUCCAACCACCGUCAGUAUUUCACGCCGUGCCGGUGGCUCGAGCCAGGGAGAGCGGCGUGAAGGGGCUGGGGGGGGAACACGACAUGGGGGGCAGCUUUACAGAUAAACUGAGCCGAGGACGUUCGCCCUCCUGUCCUCUCCACCCCCUGCCCUGGCCUUGUCCGGCUGGGACCACUUUGGCUUCGCCGCCUCGUGUUAAACCUCCCACCACGUGCUGUUCCCUUCUCUCUUCCGACACCGUUCACUCCGAUUCCCAGAGGAAAAUGCCUUAUCAGAGACCCGCCCGGCCGGAAAAAUCCUUCCCCCCCCCUCAUCCAACCCUUGAGGGCGGCAGGGCAAGAAGUUUCUCUCAGGGCCUCGCUUCGCCCCCAGGGUCCGGAGACCCCAAGCACUUUGUGGGUUCGCGAGAGCCCCCCCCCCACCUCCUGCCCCCUCUCCUUCUCUCCAUCCUCUUCGCCUCCUUCUCCCCGUGGGACGACGGGGGGGGACACGACACACCACUCCAUCCACGCGCGGUUCCACCGAUGCGUGCCAUCUCGACGGGACUUUUGGGGACUGAGGUGCUGUCGGUACGGCCCCCUCCGGCGCGGAGCGGGGGGGAUGUGCGGGGGCGGGGGGGCGCUGGCAGGGGAACAGCAUCUCUCGAAACCCCCUUGCGAAGCCCCCGCUCCUCCAAGGCGUUCUGUGUAUAUUGUGUUCUUGUGUAUAUGGGUCAAAGAUGUACAAUAUACGUCUUCUGUUUGUAGCAGAUAAUGAUUUUAUAUUUAUAACGUGCACCCCCUGGUUCUCCCCAUCCUCUCCGCGCCUGGGAAGGACGCCUGGGGACGGCGGCGUAGGGCUUUGAACCCCUCCGGAGGUCUCUGUGUGUGGGGGGGACACGACAACAACAUUUCGGAGCCGCAGGUAUUUCUGCCCCGACGUGUUUUUUGCAGUUGCCCGGAAGAGGCGCGAUAGAAAUACGGAUCUCCAGGCUUCCCCUGCAAGGAGGAUUGGGGCGUUUAAAGGAGGUGGGAGCUCCCAGCGGGAAGCCGGGGAGAUCCGCGUCGAGGAAACAGGGUAUCCGAGCUCAUCGGCUGCUGGCACGUGUCCCUCCGAGUGCUGCAGAGCUUUGCCGGUGCCACCGGUGGGACUCUCCGGGGAGGAAUGACCCCGGAUCCGGCGUUGGCUGCCCCCAGCCCUGCGGACGCCUCCUGCCGGGGCUGCUCCCGUGGGGCCGGCGAGGACCGGGCUUGGCCUCGCCACCCUCUGCUUUUAAAUCCAACCAAUCGUGAAUGUUUGACCGGGCCGUUCUCUCCCCGCGGGCAGGCACCGUCCGCGUUGUGCCAAGGGCUGGGUGCAGGAGGAGGUGGGGGGGACGGAUCCGGGCCACCCCGAGCUUCUCCCCGCGCUCCCGUGGGGCGAUGUGGGCUAUCUCGGGAGGUUCCCGGACCCUCCGCUUUCUCUUGCUGUUCCCGGUGGGAAAAGGCAAUGGGCCGCGAUGCCGGGGCCGAGCAUGUGAAAGGCAGAGCCUUGUUGCCAAUAAAACUCCAAACAGUGUCUCAAGAAACGGCUUUGCUAACCCGGAGUUGUUUUUCUC